AUGGAGUCCAUGCACUUCGGUGCCAAUCAUCCCAUGAAGCCAUGGCGCUUGACUCUGACCAACAAGAUUGUGCUAUCGUAUGGCAUGUACAAGGCUAUGGACGUCUACAGACCUCGAAAAGCUACGAGCGAAGAGCUGUCAGCGUUUCAUAAGGAAGACUAUGUUGACUUUCUCCAAAGCGUCACGCCAAAAUCAAAUCCAUUGCAUUCCGAGGAACCCACAUGCUUGUACGGUACAGGUGAUGAUUGCCCGAUCUUUGACGGCCUCUUCGAGUACUGCUCACUAUACACUGGCGCGUCUUUAGAUGCAGCCCGCAAGCUCACGAACAACCAGUCUGACAUUGCGAUCAACUGGUCAGGCGGGUUACAUCAUGCGAAGAAAACUGAAGCGUCGGGCUUCUGCUACAUCAAUGACAUCGUGCUCGCCAUCCUUCAAUUACUCUUUCAUCACCCUCGAGUCCUCUACAUAGAUAUCGAUGUGCAUCAUGGAGAUGGCGUAGAGCAGGCGUUCUGGUCUACCGAUCGCGUGAUGACUGUUUCAUUCCACAAAUACUCCCCUUCGGAUUUCUUUCCUGGCACUGGUGCUCUGGCCGAUACCGGACCCUUGAAUAAUAGCAGCCCAGGUGCACAUCACGCGUUGAAUGUGCCUCUAAAUGAUGGCAUAGAUGAUGCGUCUUACCAGCAACUUUUCAGAGAUAUCAUUGGGCCUUGUUUUGACGUCUACCGGCCAACAGCAAUCGUGAUCCAAUGUGGUGCUGAUUCCUUGGGAGGUGACCGACUUGGAUGCUUCAACCUCAACGUGGAAGCGCAUGGCUCGUGUGUCGACUUUGUGAAACGUUUUGGUGUGCCCUUGCUUGUUCUCGGUGGGGGUGGCUACACACCACGCAACGUGGCCAAGGCGUGGGCGUACGAGACGGCUAUCUGCAUCGGUGCGGAUAAGUCGCUGCAUCCAGCCUUACCGGGACACAUGCCCCUGCUAGAGCACUUUAAGGGGGAGAAAACACUGUUUCCAAAGCUUGCUGGGACCAAGUACGACAACAAGAACUCACAGUUGUAUCUCGAGAGCGUCGUCAUGGGUGUGCACGAGCAAUUAAGGUACAUAAAGGGUGCCCCAAGCGUGCAAAUGAGGUACAUCCCGCCUGAUAUUGUGACCUUAAGAGAGAGCUUAGAGAAGGAAGUCUGGGAAGAGAAACUGAGAGGUAUUAAAUCCAAACGAGGAACGAAGUGA